AGCUGCACAAGGAGACAACCUGCAUCCGGAAAAGAUUUAAUCUGGGAAGAAAGAAAGUGGCUGCAAUGUUUUCAGGGGAGGACGGUGCCCAGCUGCAGUGCUGUGUGACAGUGGAGCAUCUAAACCCCUCAGGUCAGGCCACCCGGAGGCAGGUUUUCCGCAAAGCUUCAGUUAUCCUGGGCCGCAAUGAGUUCCAGGAGAUCAUACUACGAGUGCACGAUGGAAAAGUUCCACAAAAUUACAAUCUGAAACAGUUCAGACUUUUCACUAAGUUUGCCAGAGAUGGGAAAUGCACUGUCAAACUGAUUCCUGAAAACAUCCAGGUGCUGAUCUCAAACUGUCCCCCUAAUCAGCUGAACAUCUUCUUAAAGACUCUGAGCAUCAAACAUCAGGCCUGGCAGAGCACCAAACCUCUGACCGACCGGGAGAAGCUGAAAGCCGGCCUGCCACGCAGCUUCGAGGCCAUCAGCCCCCUUCAGCAAAAGGAUAUCCAAAAGGUCAAUGAGCUCAGGAGCAAAGAACCCCCCAAAGGGUUGACGGACCGCACCAAUAAGGCGACUGUAGCAGGGACAGGACAGCACGUCAAAAGGUCGAGGAGCGAAUGUAACUUCAGUCCAGUGAAAGCAAACCCAAAUAAGAAACCUAUGCUGUCUUUGCCGACCCGUAAGCUGAAUAAAGAGCAGGCCGCUGUUCUCAGUGCUGUGCUGAGUGGAAAGAAUGUCUUCUUCACAGGAAGUGCAGGAACAGGAAAGUCCUUCUUACUCAAGAGAAUCAUAGGAUCUCUUCCCCCAAAGAGCACCUUCGCCACAGCCAGCACAGGAGUGGCCGCAUGUCACAUUGGAGGAACAACAUUACACAGUUUUGCAGGAAUUGGCUCUGGCUCUGCCCCUCUGGACCAGUGCAUCGAACUGGCCCAGAGACCCGGCGUCCUGCAGCACUGGACCAGCUGUCGACACCUCAUCAUUGAUGAAGUCUCCAUGGUGGAGGCCCAGUUCUUCGACAAACUGGAGUCAGUAGCCAGGUCAGUGAGGAGGUCCACUGAGCCGUUCGGAGGCAUCCAGCUCAUUGUCUGUGGUGACUUCCUCCAACUGCCUCCUGUUUCUAAAGGAAAAGAGAAGGCCAGCUUCUGCUUCCAGGCCAGGAGUUGGCGUAAAGUCAUACAGGUCAACAUGGAGCUGAUGGAGGUGCGUCGACAAACAGACCAGUCCUUCAUCUCCCUCCUGCAGGCUGUGAGGGUGGGCAGGGUGACGGAGGAAGUCACUGCAAAGCUGAUGGAAAGUGCCUACCGUCGCAUUGAGAGGGACGGGAUUCUAGCCACGAGGCUGUGCACCCACAAAGAUGACGUGGAACUCACAAAUGAGAACAAACUUCAGCAGCUACCAGGGGUGAUGCAUACGUUUGAGGCCCUGGACAGUGAUCCAGCUCUGGUGAAGAUUAUAGAUGCUCACAGCCCCGUCAACCGGGUGAUCCACCUCAAAGUAGGAGCUCAGGUCAUGCUGACAAAGAACUUGGACGUUGCUCGAGGUCUGGUGAACGGAGCACGAGGGGUGGUGGUUUCCUUUGAGUCUGGAAAACAUGGACACCCACAGGUGCGUUUCCUGUGUGGUGUGACGGAGGUGCUGAAACCAGAGCGCUGGGUGUUUAAGUCCGGAGGAGGGGUCCACCUGAGUCGACAGCAGCUGCCGCUCAAACUGGCCUGGGCGAUCUCUAUUCACAAGAGCCAGGGAAUGACACUGGAUUGUGUAGAAAUCUCCCUGGCGCGUGUGUUUGAGAGCGGCCAGGCUUACGUGGCCUUAUCACGAGCGCGAAGCCUGGAGGGUCUGAGGGUCAUGGACUUUGACCCCCAUGUCGUCAGAGCGGACCCAGACGUUCUCAUAUUCUACAAGAAGCUGAGGAAGGAGAGGCUGCUUAUGCAGGCAUCCAUGGAUGACUUUUUUGGGAACAACAGGAAAGAAAACAUUCGGUGAGACAGAUGAUUCCCUCUACAGCUUGUUAAUGUUUUGCACCGUGUGCAUGAAUUAUCUGGGGUUUUUCCCCUUUUACUGUCUGGUUAACUAACCACAAAUGGAGGAGUAAUAGGAAGACACACUACCACCCUCUGUUUUAACUUUUCUUUUUUGUUUUUAAACCAUAAUGGUCUGAUUUUUAACUUAUUAUGAACCAUGUCUACAUGUAUUGAAAUAAAAUUUUUAUUC